AUGUACCUGCACCUGACCUGGACCAUGAUUGAUGCAGGGCCGCAAUUAGCGCAGCUGAGGGGCGCAGCCAGGCGCACAUUCAGCAGCGGCAGCCAGUCCAGCCCGCCAGCAAGAGGCCCUGGGAGUACUUUGGUGAAUGCCGGUAGUACAAAGACCGUGAUGGGCACAGUCCAGCAGUCUGUGAAGGGUGCUGGCGCCGCAGCCUACAAGCUGCUGCCUGGCUCGGCGAAGCAGCUGGUGCAGUCAGCUUCCAAGCCAGGGGCGAUGCAGAGAGUGCUGUCCUUGCAGCUUGAAGCCUUCUGGCAGCGGCACGGCAACAAAGUCAUCGGCGCUGGUGCCGUCUUUGCCUUAUACAUGCUCUGGAGGAGCAUAUUCAACCUCACAUCCGUGUUUGUGAACCUGUCCGGUGCUAUGGCCGAGUUUGGCUUCCUGGCGCUCGCUGCGGCGGUUGUGGCCUGGGUGUUCCUGUAUUUCCGCUACCUCUACACCAUUCGGCCGGACGCUGUCUACCGCAAAGCGCUCGUGCAGCUCAACACCAACCCCGGCAUCCUCGAGGUGAUGGGAGCGCCGGUGGCCGGGUCGGACCUGCGUGCAUAUGUGAUGACGGGGGGCGGCCUGCGCAUAAAGCACCUGAAGCCACGGCUGCGCUCGAGGCGGCUGCAGAUGAUCUUCCCGCUCUCCGGCACCGAGCGCCGCGGCCUCGUCUCCCUGGAGGCCAAGAAAGUCAAGGGGCGGUAUGUGUUCAAGCUGCUAGCGGUGGAUGUGCCGAGCGCGGCGGGGCCGGAGCAGCGCAUCUAUCUGGAGGGUGACGAGCGCAUCUACAACCGCGGCUCCGUCAUGCGCGAGCUUCGAGACCCCUUCCUCAACGCGCUGUCGAUGCGGGAGACGUAUGAGGCUGAGGAUGAGGUGGACGAGGCGGCGGAGGAGGCGGCGGAGGCGCAGGCCCAGCGCAGCCGCGCGGCCCAGGUCGCCAGCGGAGAGAUCCUGGCAGACGACCAGGGCAUGUACUUCCACGAACGCACCUACUGGGCUGUGCGGCGAUGGGUUGCAUGGGCCAGGGAGCGCGGCGCUGCUCUGCGCAGCACUCCAGUGAAGGAGCUACCCGCGAAGAACGCAGCAGAUGUGAAGGAGAUCGUGGUAGAGAAGCCUGCUGCAGGCACUUCAUGA